GGUGUCAUUCCAGGGAGCAGUUACAUGCUUCAAAAACCUGCCCUGUCGUUUUCCUGAGCUACUGAUGUCUACUGUCUUCUGGUGUCGUUUCAUUUGUUGUUUUUAAUGCUCUUUGGCAGGCUAGCAAUUUGAUAGGAACACUUGCAAAAGAGAAGUCUUUUUCUGUAGGCAUGCAGAGUUCCUCUUUCUAGACAGAGAAUAUGCAGUGUGACAGUUGUAGUCUGAAGGUUAAAGUUGUGGACGUGUAACUGAUGUAAUUCUACUAGCAAGUUAUUGUCAAUUGCAGCCUUGACCUUGAGCAAAUGAAGCUAGAUCAUAUACUGAAUGUUUGCGCAUUCCAGUCCCACAAUUUAUUGCUUCCUCAUCCUAUCUCUUUUAUGGGCCCAUAUCAGAAAGCUGCUGAAGCAGGAAGCAUUGCUUUCCCAGUGCUGAGAUGGAGCCUUGUCCCCAGCCGCUUUGAAGGAAUGGAAUUUUCCAGUGUCUGUAUCGUUGCAGGAGGUUGGCAGCUCAUCCGUACCUUUCAGAAGCUUGAUAUGGUUUCGACCAUGUGUGUUUUAGGAUGGUGACACUGGCAGUUAGCGUUCUAGGGGGACUCAGCUUUCUUACUGCCUCUGCUUCUUAGUCACCAUGUGGCAUUGAGAAGACAGUGCUUCAGACAGCUGGGACCACCGUCUGUUCAGGGUCUUGCCGUUUGAUCUGGCUGCAGCCUGAAGGUCUUGAAGCAGUGUCAGCUUACCUAUCUGUGUCUGUAUGCAGGUCAUGAAUGAAAGAACAAUCUCAGACAGAUGGGUCCUCUUGUACCCUGAAGCCACUCUGGAGCCAUACGGUGCUCUAGUGACCCAUCAGAAAUCUCAGCUGAAGGCUGUGCAGUUACUAGAACAGAUACGGUGUCAGCCUUUCCUUGGGAUGUGUUUAAAACUGAUAAAGCUGGUAGUCCAGAUGGAGACACAUCUUCUUGAAGUCAGAUGCUUCUGGUAACCUAAAGGCAGGGGGGCGUGCACCUCCACCCUAGUGUGGGAUCUCAUCUGAGAGUCCCAUGCAGUUUCCUGAUAGUCCCAGAAGUUGUUCUUACUGAUCUGGGGGAGGGGAAUAUUGGGGAUGGUAUUUCCUGUCUGAGCACACUGAUGUUACUUUUAAGAUUGCCCUUUCACGGAGAUAUCUUGAGAAGCACGUCCAGGCAGGCAGAGCACGUUUGGUAGCAUUUAUGUAGUGACGUGCUGGAGUCUUGAACUGCUCUGAAGUUGUGUCAAGUCACCUGAACCUUGGAAGUAUUAUCAUGUGUAGAUAAGGAAAAAGAAAGGACGGUAACAUGAUGGCCUACAUCAACUGAGCAGUGCAAGGUUUCCUCAUGGUUGUGAUGAAUAAUUUGAUUUGGUACAUCUAGCAUCUGAUACUCCUGGCAACUGUUCAAUACUGGUGACAGGCUAAUGAAAGAUUGUUGUCAUUGUAAGUUAGGAGAUGACCCAAUAGUCUCAUUUUCAGGACUGGGGAAGUCCCAAAAAUGCAGAUGCCAGCCCUAAGUAGAAGUGUUAGCUGUCCUGCUUUGUGGCCGGCCAGCUAGGUACAUUCAGAGUCUGCUGUGGAAGAUCUGUACCUUCCCUUGGACUAUGGUGCUUUUCAAGAGCCUUCAGAAGUCAAAACUGGACAGGAUGCAAAUGGUCCUGCUUGUCUGCACCUGGCUGAGGUAGUUUUAUUUCCAGACCCCUGGGACCUUGCAAAUCCCUUUUCUGUGAAACUGGCUGACUUGUGGUAAGUGGUGAGUGUCACCUCAGCCUUGGAGCUGUGUACUUCAUUGCUCAGAUGCUGGAGAGCCCCUUUAGCCCAGGAAGCACGCUCCUCUUUGGCCGGUAACAACCUUGCCAACAGCAGGAAUGCUUCUGCAGGACAUAGAUCCUUACCCAAAUGAACUAGGUAUGUAUUUCGUACGCUUUGCCCCCCUCAACAUCUUGGUAGACUGUGCUUGACUUUCUCCAGUUUGGCGAUGUUUGCUGAAGGACUGAAGGGAAGGAAAUACACCCCUCAGCCUACCAGCUGCUCUUUUGUCCUUCAUUUCCUGUGGGUGGCAGAGCUUCCCCUGCUGCUGCCGACUGUUCACUCAGGUAGUGACGCAGAGCACUGUUUGGGGGAUUUCUCCUCCGUGCUGUGCUAACAACAUGUGUGUUCUUGUAGUCUUACUGCUCUGGAUUUGCUUUUCUGCUUUGUGUGGUAUCUGUGUGUUUUGAGGGGGACAGCGACGGCUACAUUAACCUGGUGGCCUAUCCCUACGUGGAGAAUGAGGCUCUGGAGCAGGAUGAUAUGCCAGAGAGGGACCAGCCACGACGCAAGCACUCACGUCGGAGCCUUCACAGAUCAAGCAGCGGCACCGAGCACAAGGAGGAAAAGCCUGGCCUGGCCAGUGACAGCACUGAAAGCAGCAUCCAGGAAAUGAAGAGUCCCAGGGUGGACUUGCACAUCCAUUCAGAUGUUCCAUUUCAGAUGUUGGACGGGAACAGCGGUCUGAGCUCUGAAAAGAUCAGCUAUAACCCCUGGAGCCUGCGCUGUCAUAAGCAGCAGCUGAGCCGCAUGCGAUCAGAGUCCAAGGACCGAAAACUCUACAAGUUCCUUUUGCUGGAGAACGUGGUGCAUCACUUCAAACUUCCCUGUGUACUUGAUCUGAAGAUGGGGACCAGGCAGCAUGGAGAUGAUGCAUCUGAGGAGAAGGCCGCUCGGCAGAUGAAGAAGUGUGAACAGAGCACUUCGGCCACCUUGGGUGUGCGCGUGUGUGGGAUGCAGGUCUAUCAGCUGGAUACAGGGCAUUACUUAUGCAGGAAUAAAUACUAUGGACGCGGUCUUUCCAUUGAGGGCUUCCGCAAUGCCCUCUACCAGUAUCUCCACAAUGGCAUUGAGCUGCGCAAGGACCUCUUUGAGCCUGUCCUCGCCAAACUGCAAAGCCUGAAGGCGGUUUUGGAGAGACAGGCCUCCUACCGCUUCUACUCCAGCUCCCUUCUCAUCAUUUACGAUGGGAAGGACAGCAGGGCAGGGAUGUUUGUGGAGCGCCGGCCAGAGAUGCGCCUGAAGCGGGUUGACAGCUCUCUCCCAGAGAGCCUUCAGGAUGGUGGCAGCAUGGAGCCCAGCUCCUCAGCCCAGCCUAAGGUGGACGUGCGUAUGAUUGACUUUGCACAUAGCACGUUCAAAGGCUUUCGCGAUGACCCCACUGUGCAUGACGGACCUGACAUGGGUUAUGUGUUCGGGCUGGAAAGCCUUAUCAACAUCAUGGAACAGAUGCGUGAGGAAAACCAGUAGCCCUGGGCUAUGGCCUCUUAUUGUUGUCCUGGUGGCAGGAGCAAGACAAGACCACCUACUACCACAGGAAAAAAGCAGACAACUUCGGUUUUAAACAAUUGUAUUGCUCCAUUGUUUUUAAAUGUACUUGGAUAGAAGAGCUGAGGGGAGGCAGGAUGGAAGAGCUCCUCAUGCCAACGAGAUGGUUCUGACCACGCUAGCUCUGCUUUCUGGAGGAGGCUCUGUAGAUGCCUGCUAGGUGUUGGGUGUCCCAGUUCUUUGCUCGUGGCAUGUGCAUUCUGGAGGGAGGACCUGGACACAGGGAAGAGAAAGCUCUUCAAGGGGCUGGAGCUGUGGUGGGAGGAGCCUCCUGCCUCAGGAGCCCCGGGGAGAGCCUUCCCUUGGAAAUUCUCCUGAGCCAUUUGGAAAGGGCCCUUGACUAACAGUUGGCAGUGUCUGUGGGGCUGAUGGUGAGCAGCACGGGUGCUGAUCCCUGCGUUUGUCGCUGGCUCUGCCCUGGGGUUUGCUGAUGGGGCUUUGCUUUUGAUGCUGCCUUUUUCUGCUGUUUGGGCACUGUGACUCGCCAACCCAAAUACGGAAAUAAAAUGACCAAAUGCACCCCCUGGCAGAGCUGCGGCCGGGAGGGAAUGCCGCACCCCUGGAGUUGUGCUCGAGCCUGGGGCCUGCUUGCUCCCCGAGGGGCUGGAACGGGCAGGCCUGCGUACAGGCGGGCGGGGGGCUCUGUGAGAGUAUCUCUGCCCUGGACCACUGACCAAGCAAGAACUCAGCUCGUGGGCUAGCAAUAGUAUCUGUAGCAGUUAAUGUGACCCCAGCUGUGCAGCGGGGCGUUUCGGGCCAUUUCAACCCUUCCUGUCGUGUAACAUUGGUCCCACAGGUUGUAUGCGAGUAUGUCCCUCCGGCACAAGGCUGCCCUCCUCCCCCCGGCGGGGCCUCUGCCCUGCUGCCCCUGCUUUUCUGGCAGGUCCAUGCAUGGGGAUGGUGGAAGAGGAGGCCGAAGAUUAGGGCUGACCUCUCUGAGGGUCUCCAGGGGGGCAGGUAAGGGGGGACCUGGCUGAGUGGUGAGUGCCCUCACCUGAGUGCUUAGCUGUGCUUCCACAGAUAAAUGACCAGUUUGUGGAUGAAAACAGCCAGCGGGGAUGUGCUCCGCUGGCUGGGUUCCAUCUCUGAGCUGGCGCUUUACCCAUGGCUUCCCUUGAUGAGGGCAUUAAUGUUUGAUACUGUGGCCUGGUGGUACUCUGCAUCACCCCCUGUGUUUCUGUGCUGGGACCCCCGAUUGCUCCUUUCCUCAUGUCACUGACUUGUUCCAUGGCACUACCGUUACCCUGGCUGCCUGAGAAACUGCCUGGGUACCUGCCAGGCCAGGGUGGGGGUUAUUGUUUGUUUGUUUGAAACUUCAGGAAAGCUUGUUUGGCGAAUACUCGCAUGUAGCAUGUGUGCCAAUUCGGUUUGUGCACAGUCUGCUUGGAAGGCGUUGGUGCUGGGCUGGGGGCCAGCUGUGGCUGCAGCAGCGGGUGCAGGUCUGUGGCACUGGGUGGGGAAGGGGGCAGGGAACGUGCCGGCUUUGUCCUGAGCUACACCUCUUCCAGGCUCCCAGCUACUCAAACACUUGCUGAAGCCACCGCUCCUCUCUGGCGCUUUAUGGACCAGGACCUUUAUUCAUGCCACCCUGCCCUGGGUUACUUUUUCAUUGCUUCUGCGAGUCGCUGCCCUGCCAGGCAGGGUUUGGGAUUUUCAGGGAACAGGUUUGCAGGAGGGAGCGAGGCUGGCCCAGCCGCUGUGUUACCCUGCCUGGCCCUGGCCCAGCGCAGCCCACCCUCUGCAUGCCCUGGGCCCCAGCGGGCUGCGCUCGGGCAGGUGCAGGACCCUUCCUCGGGCAGCUCAGCACCCCCCGCCGCGCUGACUCCGUCCAUGCCCCUUCCUCGCUCGGCCAGGUGCAGGCAGGGCUGAGGGGCGAGGGAGGGGGCGAGGGGCCCGUGCCCCCUGCCAGCCGCCUCUCCCCUUGGGACCGUCGUCGUGGGACUCCACAGCUUGUACAUAGCCUUGACCCCCGUUUGUUUUUACAUGAAUAAUCACCCUGUUUGUGCUUCACAGAGAACCAAAAACCAUUAAAGGAUCUGUUUUUGUC